AUGUCAGUGGCAUCGGUGUAUGCGGUCAUUGUCUUACUGUAUCUCAGUGUCUUACUGCACAGACCUCAGCCACAGUCCAUUCCUCUGGCAGAAGGAAUAUGUCGUACCAUAUCAGACAUGAAUGCAGAUCAUGUAAUGGUCACGCAGGCAACUUUAAUGGAGCAGUUAGUGAAAAACUAUCCAGGCGUUGCAGUUCCCUCCCACAAUAUCUUAUAUAAUAUCCUUGGCACUCUAAUUAAAGAAAGGAAAAUCUAUCAUACAGGAGAAGGAUAUUUCAUUGUGACUCCCAACACAUACUUUAUCACAAAUGAUGCCACAGAAGACAAUAGAAGGGUCCUGUUGGAGGACAGUUGUUGCUGUUCAUCACCUUCCAUCACUUACCUGGUAAACAUUGAGCAUGGUGCAGACCUAGUGAAAGAAAACAUUCCUACGGUAUCCCGUUACAGAUCCUGCCACUGUUUCACUGACCAGAAUAUGCUCUGUGAACAAAGACAUCGGCAGCUAAUGAACCAUGAACCUAGUGGAGGAGGUAAGAAAGGCUGCAGUGAAUUGAAGCCUUCAAUUCACACUCAAGGGACCUCCACACCUGCUGAAAACCAUUCCCGGGACACCAUCAAAUCUCUGACAUCUGUGAAAGAGAAACUGAAAAGCAAAAGGUUUGGCCUUGGCCUCUUCUGGAGAAGUGCUUCUAAAAAAGAAAAAUGUAAGAAGGAGUACUCCACUUUCUCAGCCCAGUUUCCUCCCAAGGAAUGGCCAGUCAGGGAUGAAGGUGACUUAGACAAUAUUCCACGUGAUAUUGAACACGAAAUCAUCAAGCGUAUUAACCCUACUCUUACAGUUGAUAAUUUGAUUAAACACACAAUAUUAAUGCAGAAGUUUGAGGAGCAGAAAAAAAAUAUCAGGUACAAAGGUAUUAUUAACAGUCAGCUGAAGUCCAGGACUCGAAAGCAAGAAAGGGCUUUAGGAAGGCCACGGUCCUUGGACUCCUCAAAAACCUUUGACUAUGAAACUGAACGGCUGGCUGCUGAAAGGCAAACUGACAAAGCUAAGCAAAACAAACUACUCCAAGCUAAUAUGUCUUCCCUCCAACUAAAGAAAGACAGUCUAAAUGAAAACUUUAGUUAUCCACAAGGCAGUACUUUGCAAAUAGAUAAUAAAGGUAAAUACUUUCUAGACAGUAAUAUUUCUGAAGAAAACAUCUACAGAAGAACAGUCAGAAAAAAUCCCGGGGAUAUUAAAAAAUCCUCUCAGUCCUACACUGAAGAUAACGGUGUGUGCAAAGAAGACGAAAAAUUUUCAUUACGUCUGAAAGAUGAGUAUUGCAGGUGCAAAGCUGACACUGUAUGUGAGUUAUUAGAUCAAACAGCAAAUGAAUUAAAAAAUGUCUGCCUUUCAAAUUAUACAGCCAAUGUUAACCUGGUAAAGAAAAUCGGUGUGAAAUACAGACAAAAGACUGAUAAAAAGAGUGAACUUAAAUUUAAAUACGACUGUGCCAGCCAUCCCAGAUCAAUGAAGCUGGAAAGUGGAGGAUUUACUGAUAACUGCCAUCUUCUGUACCAAAAAGCACAUGACGGUGACACCUGUAACUCAUUACAUCUGGAUGACAAUUUUAAAGGCAAUGAACCAUGUCACUUGCCUCCUGGCCAUGCUUUUUCAGAUAAAGGAGAGUGGAGUAGUAAAGCUGUGCAAAAGCUGGGGACAGCUAUGUCCCUAAAAAACUGUAAGGUUAAUACUUAUCCCGCCCAAUACAACACAACUGUAAAUAAAUGUGACUCUGGAGAGCAUGGCUAUAAGGGAAGUUCUGUUUUUGCAGAAUCAAUAGAUGGCUCAAAAGAGCAUCCAAAAAGAGAUUUCAGAGAAGAAAGUUGUUUGUACAGUCAGGUUCUUCUGAUGGGUCACAGAAAGGAAGAAGAAACUGGCUUUACUGAAUGUAUAAAGGCUUCAUCUGUAGCAGAUUUCUGCAACGCUGAUAAGGCUGACUCAGAUGCUGAUACUUUGCAGAACUUCACCUAUGAGAAGGAGAAAAAAGAGAAGAAAUCUAAACGCCGUGACAAAUCCCGGAGGAGAAAGGCGGAGACGGAUGAAAGCGAGCAGUCGGAGGAUGACAUUGAUUCCCCAAAACUCAAGAAAUCAAGGAGUGCAGUUAAACAGAACGGUGAUAUGAGAGAAGAAUGCUCGGAGAACACGAGAUUAUCUUCCUUAAACAUUAAAUCCACCCACAAAAAACGGCACAGUAAUUCUAGUGAAACGUCAAGUGGCGAUGGUGACAGUGAGCAAGAGCAGGAGAUGACUGAAGAACAGAAAGAGGGUGCUUUCUCCAAUUUUUCUAUUUCCAAAGGGACUGUUCAGCUUCUUCAAGCUCGAGGAGUGACGUACCUGUUUCCUGUGCAAGUGAAGACCUUUGACCCAGUAUAUUCUGGCAAAGAUGUAAUUGCUCAAGCACGAACUGGAACAGGGAAAACAUUCUCUUUUGCUAUUCCCUUAAUUGAAAAGCUUCAGGGAGACUCACAGGAAAGAAGAAGAGGCCGUUCACCAAAGGUACUAGUUCUUUGUCCAACCAGAGAGCUGGCAAACCAGGUUGCCAAAGAUUUCAAGGACAUCACAAGAAAGCUAACAGUAGCUUGUUUUUAUGGAGGAACUCCAUAUAAUGGACAAAUUGAUCUCAUGAGAAGUGGCAUUGACAUUUUGGUUGGGACACCUGGUCGAAUCAAAGACCAUCUUCAGAAUGGCAAACUGGACCUUAGCAAGGUGAAACAUGUCGUACUUGAUGAAGUUGACCAGAUGCUGGACAUGGGAUUUGCUGAGCAAGUGGAAGACAUUUUACGAGUUGCAUACAAGAAGGAUUCUGAAGACAAUCCCCAGACACUACUGUUUUCUGCAACUUGCCCACAUUGGGUGUAUGAUGUGGCUAAGAAAUACAUGAAGUCUAGAUAUGAACAGAUUGACCUUAUAGGGAAAAGAACUCAAAAGGCUGCUACAACAGUAGAACAUUUGGCAAUAGAGUGUCACUGGUCUCAGAGAGCUGCGGUUAUUGGAGAUGUCAUUCAGGUCUACAGUGGCAGCCAUGGGCGGACCAUUGUCUUUUGUGAGACCAAAAAGGAAGCAAAUGAACUGGCUCUGAACGCUUCAAUCAAACAGGAUUGCCAGUCGUUGCAUGGUGACAUUCCUCAGAAGCAAAGAGAGAUCACACUGAAAGGUUUUAGAAACGGCACAUUUAAAGUUCUGGUUGCAACCAACGUAGCUGCCCGUGGUUUAGAUAUCCCUGAAGUUGACCUGGUUGUACAAAGUUCACCACCAAAGGAUGUGGAAUCCUAUAUCCAUCGUUCUGGACGCACAGGUCGAGCUGGACGGACUGGGAUCUGUAUCUGUUUUUAUCAGCGAAAAGAAGAACAUCAGUUAAGAUAUGUGGAACAAAAAGCGGGCAUUACAUUCAAGCGUGUUGGUGUUCCUACUGCGACCGAUAUAAUAAAGGCUUCCAGCAAAGAUGCCAUCAGGUGUCUGGAUUCUGUUCCUCAAACUGCUAUUGAGUAUUUCAAAGAAUCUGCUCGGUUCCUAAUACAAGAAAAGGGACCAGUUAAUGCUCUGGCUGCAGCUCUAGCCCAUAUUUCAGGUGCUUCUUCCAUUGAACAGCGCUCCCUGCUGAGCUCGGAUGCGGGAUUUGUUACAAUGAUACUACGCUGCUCUGAAGAAAUAAACAAUAUGAGCUAUGCUUGGCGAAGACUGCGAGAACUGUUGGGUGAUGAUGUUGAUAGGAAGGUGAACAGAAUGUGUUUCCUCAAGGGAAGAAUGGGUGUUUGCUUUGAUGUUCCUGCAGCAGACCAAAAGGAAAUAGAGGCAAGGUGGGAAGAUUCAAAACAAUGGCGUUUAUGCGUGGCAACUGAAUUACCUGAGUUAGUAGAAUCACAGCGAGGAGGAGGAGGCGGCGGUGGUGGAAACGGCCGAAGCUUCUCAAGCUCCAGGAACGGGCGGCGUGGUAGCUCCGGUAGAAACAGAUUCAGAGGCAGAGGCCAGAAACGAAGUUUUGACAGAGCAUUUGAUCGUUAACUUUAACAAUCCAGAAGUGGAAAAAAAAGGGGACUGCAGUAUUUUAUAAUACAUUAAAAUAGGCUGUUCCUGUGUGUUUGUACCACUUGGGAAAAUCUGUCAUUUGGAUUUAUUUUUUUUUCUUUCUCAGUACUACUUUGGUCAUAAACAAGACCCUGUUCACUUUAAAAAAAAAAAAAAAAAAAACAAACAAAAAAAACAAAACAAGAAAAAUAAAACUCCUUGUUUCCUUUCUUUCCUGUAUCACCAUUUCAACUGCAAGACCUAAACCUUUUGUUCCAGAACAUGGCUGUCGCAUUCAAAACCCUAGCCUGGCUCACUGUAUAAUGUAUAGAUCUUAACUCCUGGU